AUUGCUGAUAGUUUUAAAAGAACUGACCGAACUAUUAGGAAUUGGAGAAAAGAACCUAAUCGACCUCUUCAAAAAGUAGGCAGGAAACCAAAAAUUAGCGAGAACAAUAUUAGGCUUUUAGUUUCUUUUCUUAAUGCAAGCAAUACGUCAAAUUUGGAAAAAAUGUCUGAUUAUCUUUAUAAGGAAAUAGGAGAGAGGUUUAGUGUAAAAGUUAUUCAUCAAACAUUACAGAAAUAUGAUAUUACGAUGGACGAAUGUGGUUUCAAUUUGGGAGAAGCCCCUCGUUAUGCUUGGUCGCGAAAAGGAUUAAGAGCAAUUGUUCCCCGACCAGGGCAAAGAGGAUUUAAUUAUACUCUUAUUCUUUGUGUUAGAAAUGUAAACAAGCAAGCAGUAAUCAGUUAUAAGUUAAUCGAGAACAAAAGUCAAGGGAAAAAGAAAGGAACUGAUGCCCUAGAUUUUUACAACUUUCUAAAAGAGAUUGAAUUGCCUACUAAUGAACUAUAUCAUCUUUUGUUAGAUAAUGCUCGUAUUCAUUAUACUACCAAGAGAUUAAGGGAAUUAGGUUUAAGUAUUGAGGAGUUAGCAUCUCAAAAAAACAUUGUCCUAGUUUAUUUACCUCCUCAUUCUCCUGAACUUAAUCCUGUCGAGAAAUGUUUUAAUAAUAUUAGGCACAAUAUUGAAAAAAGUAGACCCCGAACUUAUGAGGAACUAAAAUUAAUUGUUGACAAAGAAAUAGCAAAACUUCAACAACAAAGCUUAACUAAAUACUUCCAAAAACCUAAAUUAACUUUAACUGUCAGCCUUAACUCCCAUUUAUUUAAAAGACUCAAAAGCGAAAUAGAACCCCGCCAAGUCAGUGCUUUCGUCGAAAAAGCUAUAGCCAAAGAAUUAGGUGCUUAUGACCAACAACUAGAGAGAGAGCAGCAAAAGUUUGUUAAGAAAUUAAUUGACGGUUAUCAAAGGUCUGCCCAGAGCAAGGCAUUAAAAAAAGAAAAGCAGUCUAAAAUCCGGCCAGUUUUAAUAUUGAGUAAUAAUUGGCAGAACCAAUAUAAUGAUUAUUCAGUAGUAGCCCCUUUAACUAGUGAAGAAGAGGAGUUGCAGCACAUUGAAGUUUUUGAAGUCCUAAUUGAAGCCAAUAAAGAAAAUGGUCUGGAUAAAAAAAGCAAAAUAUUACUCCAUCGCUUAUUAGCCAUCGAUAAAGAAGAAAGAUUAAUUAAAAAAUUAGGCCGAAUAGCUGCUGCUGCUGUAGAGGCUACCCGAGCCGGUUUAAAAACUCUGCUCGCGGAUUGUGAUCCAGGGCAGGAGACUA